CCAUUAAUCCUAGGUCAAGGCUACAUUUUUGUUGUCAUUAGAGUGGGUAGAUCCAGAUGUAGUACACAUAGUUACUCAUGGUUCAUAGAAUCAAAUCCUUUAACACACUAGUUUGCUUCAACCUCAAUAUAAAUAUGAUCCAUAAAUGAAUUAAUGGCGCAGGAGCAUUCGCCUUCUCCUACUCCACAGCGAGCAAUAUAUGGAUUUGUUCUUUACCUUUCUUCAAUAAUCGGAUUAGGUCUGUAUAUUGUAUGGGCUUACAUUCCUGAUUACUGGCUACAUUCAGUUGGUCUCACUUACUGGCCUCAAAAAUAUUGGGCUGUUUCAUUGCCAGUAUACUUAUGUGUUGCUAUCAUCCUGAGUUACAUUGCUUAUACAGGGUUAAUUCUGAUUAAAACUCCUGCUCUUGAUGAUGUUAGAACAAUAACAGAUAGGCGUGCAUUGUAUGCAGAUAAUGAGCAUUCACACCCUGAAGCUAUCCCACCUUUGAGGGAUUUAGACAUUUCAACAGUUAAUGCCCUCCUAUACUUGGAUUGAAAUAUUUUGCAGUUUCUAUUCUACAAUUAAAAGUUAUGGUAAAUAAAUAAUCAUGAUUC